CGAGUCAUAAUCAAAGAAGUUAACUUAGCAGGCGUUCGACUGAGAUCAAACACAACUUGUUAAUUUAUUAUCCAAGCAGCAGUCGUUUAUUAAGAAGAAAAUCCAUUGAAAAAAGUAGAGCAUUAUGACACUCACAAAUCGGGUGGAUACGGAGGCAGCCUACCAAAAAGGCGAGGGCUUCCGCUCAUACUACAUACAAAAAAUUGAGGAACUGCAGCUAAUUGUUGCCGAGAAGAGUCAAAAUCUUCGCCGCUUACAGGCACAGCGUAACGAACUCAAUGCCAAGGUGCGUAUGCUACGCGAGGAGCUGCAGCUGUUGCAGGAACAAGGUAGCUAUGUCGGUGAGGUUGUAAAGCCGAUGGACAAGAAGAAGGUGCUUGUUAAGGUGCAUCCAGAGGGCAAAUUUGUUGUUGACUUGGAUAAGAACAUUGAUAUUAACGAUGUGACACCCAAUUGCCGUGUUGCACUGCGCAACGAAAGCUAUACACUGCACAAGAUAUUGCCCAACAAAGUGGAUCCUCUAGUUUCACUGAUGAUGGUCGAGAAGGUACCAGAUUCCACAUACGAAAUGGUGGGCGGCCUAGAUAAACAAAUCAAGGAAAUCAAAGAGGUUAUCGAGCUGCCCGUUAAGCAUCCAGAAUUGUUUGACGCCUUAGGCAUUGCCCAGCCAAAGGGUGUACUUCUCUAUGGCCCACCCGGUACUGGCAAAACACUGCUGGCUCGCGCUGUGGCCCAUCAUACCGAAUGUACAUUCAUACGUGUCUCUGGCUCAGAGCUGGUCCAGAAGUUCAUUGGCGAGGGCUCACGCAUGGUGCGCGAACUGUUUGUGAUGGCGCGUGAGCAUGCGCCAUCAAUUAUAUUCAUGGAUGAGAUCGACUCGAUUGGCUCGUCACGUAUUGAAUCCGGCUCUGGCGGCGACUCUGAGGUGCAGCGCACCAUGCUGGAGCUGCUCAAUCAGCUGGAUGGCUUUGAGGCCACCAAGAACAUCAAAGUCAUCAUGGCCACCAAUCGUAUUGAUAUACUCGAUCCUGCAUUGCUUCGUCCAGGUCGCAUUGAUCGCAAGAUUGAAUUUCCGCCACCAAAUGAGGAGGCACGUUUGGACAUUCUAAAAAUUCACUCGCGCAAAAUGAAUCUAACGCGCGGCAUUAAUCUGCGCAAGAUUGCCGAACUGAUGCCGGGUGCAUCUGGUGCCGAGGUCAAAGGCGUAUGCACCGAGGCUGGCAUGUAUGCCCUGCGCGAGCGUCGUGUGCAUGUAACCCAGGAGGAUUUCGAAAUGGCAGUUGCCAAGGUUAUGCAGAAGGACUCUGAGAAGAACAUGUCCAUUAAGAAGCUGUGGAAGUAAAAACCUCGUAUAGUUAUACU